AUGAGUGACUUCCGGGAUCCGGACCGAGCCAAUUCUGGGCGGUCCUCGGAUCCUUUGCUAGUGUGGAACGGAGCGGAACGCGCAGGCGUGUCCAGUCCGCCGUCGCUCCGCGCAUCCCGCCCGCGGCUCGAGAACACGCUGCUGCUAAGUGGCUUGUCCGGCGAGUCUCCUCCGCCUUAUACCGCCGUGGAGAGCGAAUCGCCGACCACCGCGGCGGACGACACACCCACGGGCGCAUCGACGGCUACAGACCUGAAUACCAAUCGGAGAGCACGCGCGUCAACGUUGCCGUGUAAUGCGGUGCCUCUCGUCUCGCACGCCACUGCCCAGGUCGACGGCGGAGAUACCGAUACCGCCUCUGUCUCGUCUCUGGACCUCGUCCUACCAGACGAGUCGAUUGCGCGCACGCAGAAGCGCAUGCGCCGCGCGAGCGCGAUUGUUGAAGACCGGCCUUCGGCCGCUUCGGUGACGAGCCCUUUAGCGGCAAUCGUCCCCUCUUUCCUCUCGCGCAAGAGCUAUGUCUCUGCUGUCGAGGCAAAGAAGGCCGAGGAGCAGCGCACCGACUCGGUCGAAGCGCUCGAGCCUCUUCCGGCCGCUUUUAUGGUCUUGCUGCACAGCCUGCGUUUGUUUGCGACGGUGCCUGGCAUUAUCGGCACGAUCCUCUGCUUCCGGCGGGGAUGCGCUCAACUCGCCGUGCACUAUCGGUGGUUCCGUACGAUGGAGGACAUGCGCACGCCGGGCGCGCUCGAGUACUUUAUCUGCUGCUUCUGGGCGCUCUGCACCGCAUUCCACGCCCUAUCGCUCAUGACGCUGCUGCUGCGCCGCUGGCUGAUUUACUACGCAGUGCUUCCUUCGAUCAUUCGAUUGGUUGCGUUCCAGUCUAUUUGUUGGACGCUGGUGCGCAUUUCUCUUUAUCUUUUUGGGCCGGAGCAGCCGAUCGGCGGCUGGCUGCUCGUCUCGAGUUUCACAGCUGCGGUCGAUGUCGUGGCACGUUGGAUCACAAGCAACAUUACCGAUUUGGACGACACGGAGCACGACGCACACGCGCACUCAGACUACCCUGACACGGGUGCAUCGGACGGCGAGGGACUGUACAGCGCGAACGAGAGCGGCGCCUCGACGAUGCCGUCUCAGGCGUCGCUCGCGCAUCAGCAGCGCAUUCGGCGGUACCGCGAGCAGAGUGCGCGACUCUUUCGUGUGCUGGUCGGCGGUGCUUCCGACGAAGAAAACACACUUAGCGACUCGGACUUGUCGGAUACCGACUCCAAGCCGGAGCUCAGCGGGCAACGUGGCGAUCUCGCGAGGCGCAGGCGCCUGCUGGACCCCAACGCGCCUGUGACGAGCGACAGCGACGCGCUGAGUCCCGCGCCCUAUGCAAUGGAUGCGGCGCUGUGGCGCCUCCGUGUGGACGCGCGCCGCUCGCGUGCGCAUCGCUCGCGGACGCAGCGCUUGCGGCAGCGGCGCAAGGCGAAGCAGUCUCAGAUUUCGUCCUUCUUCCAGAACUACCGCGCGGCACGCAUCCACUCUCGGCGCGUCUUCCACUGGGAAGUGGCCAUGUGGCGCAAUGUGAUGCCCAUCGCGUUGCUCGGCUACCUGUCGCUUUGGGUGCUGAUUCUCGCCUGGUUCUCCCAGUCGCACUCGACGGAUUCUCUGUGA